AUGGCAAACCCAACAACAAAACCCAGUCCUCUUUCUCUUCUUGUUCUUCACACAUUGUACUUUCUCUCAUACUCCUUGUUCCUUCAUUCAACCUUGGCCAAAUCAACCACCUUCAAUGUUGUAGACUUUGGAGCCAACCCAGAUGGACAAACCGACUCCACCGAGGCCUUCCUCAGUGUUUGGAACAAAGCUUGUGACUCAGCAAAACCUGUAGGCAUUUACGUGCCACAAGGGCAAUUCUUGUUGAGUAAAGUCACCUUCACUGGCCAAUGUAACAACAACGCCAUCUCCAUAACCAUUGAUGGCACCUUGGUCGCUCCAUCUGACUACAAUGUCAUCGGAAACGCCGGAUAUUGGUUGAAUUUCAACCAAGUUUCCGGCGUUUCCAUUCACGGUGGAGUGCUUGAUGGCCAAGGCACUUACCUUUGGGAUUGCAAGAACUUAGGCCAAACUUGCCCACUUGGAGCUACGACACUUGGAUUCAGCAACUCUGACAACAUUGUCAUCACUGGGUUGACCUCUCUUAAUAGUCAAAUGUUCCACGUAGUAUUCAAUGGAUGCCACACCGUCAAAGUACAUGGAUUGACAGUCAAAGCUGCCGGAAACAGCCCUAACACCGACGGCAUCCACGUCCAAUUCUCCUCCGACGUCACCAUCCUCAAACCCAGAAUUCGAACCGGCGAUGAUUGCAUCUCGGUUGGCCCCGGCACUAAGAACUUGUGGAUUGAAGAUGUUGCAUGUGGUCCUGGCCAUGGGAUAAGCAUUGGAAGCUUAGGAUGGGACUUGAGAGAACCUGGUGUAAAAAAUGUGACAGUUAAAACAGCUACAUUCUCCAAGACUCAAAACGGUUUUAGAAUAAAGUCUUGGGGAAGGGCCAGUAAUGGAUUUGUGAAGGAUGUUCAUUUUGAACAUGCAAUUAUGACUGAUGUCCAAAACCCCAUUGUAAUAGACCAAAAUUACUGCCCUUAUUACAAGGACUGCCCUAGUCAGGCCUCUGGGGUAAAGGUAAGUGAUGUAUCAUACAAAGAUAUUCAUGGAACAUCUGCAACAAAGGUUGCUGUGAAAUUUGACUGCAGUUCAAAGCACCCAUGCAAAAGGAUAAGGUUGGAGGAUGUGAAGCUCACUUACAAGAGCCAAACUCCCCAAGCUUUGUGUAAGCACGCCGCUGGAACGGCAUUCGGAGUAGUUCAACCGGAGAGUUGCUUUUAG